AUGGAACCAAGCUCAACCUUGGUUCCCUUCCUGCACAAGUACUGUGACGUUUGCAACAAGAAGCCCUCUGUAAGUAGCCUAGUAACUUUCCCUCUUCUCCCUUAUACUGCCCUUCCCUACAACUCAUUUCCUCCUAGGUCUGAUAACCCUCUCUCUCUCUCACUCAAGUGCUGAAGCUAGAGCUGAAGAAAAUCAGGGAGCAGCAGGACAUGCUCUUCUGCUUCAUGAACUUCCUCACGCAGGAGGGGGCGGUGCAUGUGCUUCAGUUCUGCCUCACUAUGGGUAAGCAGGCUUUGGCCAUUCACCAUUAUCCCAGAUAAAGAUACAAUACAGACCGACAACUAUGUCCUGUCCCAGAAACAACCCCCCUAGCCUCUAUUCUUCCGUGUUUGGAAAUCUGGAGGAAAUGGAUAAGUGUAAGUAAUAUGGCAGAAGCUCUCCAAAGUCAAAUUGGAAGGCUUAAGAUCUGCAAUCACAGAAAGGGAAGGGGUUGUUUCUGGACCAGGUCCAGGUCUUGAUUCCACUCCCCUCUGCCCUUCAUUACACAGGAAAUAAGGCAAUGAGUCCACCUAGCCCUCUAAUAGGCUAAUUAAAGAUGUAUUUAUUUCACACUGUAUACACAUUCCUUAAUUAGCUAUUGCACUGGUUGUAGUUCCUCCCUCUCAUUCACUACUCUUGUCUUCCUCUGUCUGUGGUGACUUACUUAUCACCAAGUGACACUUAUGGAAAUGUAAAUUGGUGUCAAGUGGCACUGCGAGCACGUCUGCGAAGUUGAAUGGUUUACAUGGUGCAAGAAGUCUGCUAGAGCAGCCUGUCUGCUGCUGGUGAAACCAUGUUUAUUUAAACUGUUAUGCAACUGCAAGCAAAAAACAAGGGGUUUUGAAGUCCAGGUACUCAUAUGAACAGUUUUUUCUAAGCAGAAUGUUCAUUAUUACAAAUGGCAGCUUGGUUAAGUCAUGCUGAUAUGAUGUGUUUCUCUCCCCAGUUGCUGAGGGCCUCAUGCCGGGGUGGUGAAGCUGCAGACCAUGCGCUGCCUGUUCUUGUUCGAGGCCUUCGAGCACUUCCUGUUCCUGCUGGACAACGUCUUCACCCCCAUGUUCUGCCACAGCGAUGAGGUCAGGACACACACACCCUAGCACACAGCUGAUUAAAAUAAUAAAAGUUUGAUGAUGAGUUGGUUAGUGCUAGGGCAAAAACCAAAACGUGCAGCCAGGGGUGGCCUCCGGGCCGAGUUUGGGAAACCCUGUUCUAGACCACCACCAUGGAGGGAGAGGACGACAUGGUGGGGUGUACAGUGUGUGGCCCUGGGUGGCAGUGUGGAGCCAAGAUUAGUUAGGAAGGCACACUGUUGAUGUACUGGCCUAUACAUUUGCUUAUUCAAUACCAUGAUUUGUUUCUUUCUUUGUACAAAGAUGAAUGGGGAAAAUAUUAAGAAAUAUCCAUUCAAAGAGCCCUGAGCCUAACUCCUUUCAAGAUCAUUAGUGAACGUACAAAGUUGUCAAAGUUACUGGGUUUGCUGUUAUUAAUCUCAAGUAGGAAUAUCAUUUAAGGGUAUCUGCUAAGAAAAUAUGUAAUGUUGAACUAGUGUAAAAAUGGUUCAUGAUCAUGUGUGAUUCACUUGGCGAGACCACUGCCCUGCUUCCUCUGACUAUGUAUCAUCAUCAUCAUCAUUCCCACAGCAUUGCACAGCAGACUUGCAUCUCAGUAUGUUCCUCUUCUUCUUCUUCUUCUUCUUCUCCCAGAGUCUUCCGUAGCUGACCCACUAGAUACUUCCCACUCUGUAUUUUACCCCUACUAGAGCUGCUGUCAGUGAAUACAUAUCCUAUGUUUGAUCCUGUACUAGAUUUCCUUAGUUUAUUACAGUACUUCCUGUAUAUGUCACUCAAUCACAGUGGACCUUUGCAGUGUGUUUCCCCUUUUACCUUCCUGCAGUUCUGUGCCGUUCCACACAAGCCUGGGCCUGUAUUCACAAGAGUGUCGGAGUAGGCAUGCUGAUAUAGGAUCAGAUUGUAAUGAUUAAGAUUAAAUGGAGAGGGUGAACCUGAUCCUAGAUCAGCACUCCUACUCUCGAGAUCCUUUGUGAAUACGGGCCCAGAUUUCAUUCUCUGUCAGAUGGAAGAGGCCAUGAUAGUUCUGAAAGAUUACUCCCCCAUGGAGGCCGUCAGUAAUCACCCCCCCCCCAACCUCUCAGCCUGGACCCCUACAUAGACUUGUACGACGACGACAUCAACAGGGAGAGGAUCCCGUGUUCUGUAUCGACUAUGUGGUCUACAGGUGAAACCAGGCCCAGGGGCUUUACGAAGAUGCUUUUAAUGUCUUAACCAAAUGUUGUUUUGUUUUUAUGAUGUGAAGCACAUUGUUACUUGUAUAGUGAUACAAAUAAAGUUAUUAUUAUUAAGUAUUACCUAUAGGCUGCUCUGGGAUCAGUGUGAUUUACAGGUGAAACCAGGCCCAGGGGCUUAAGUAUUACCUAUAGCAGGGAUGGGCAACUGGCGGCCGCGUCCCCCCUUUUGUAGGCCCAAUCAAAGUUGCCCAUCCCUGACCUACAGUAUACAGUGGGGAAAAAAAGUAUUUAGCCAGCCACCAAUUGUGCAAGUUCUCCCACUUAAAAAGAUGAGAGAGGCCUGUAAUUUUCAUCAUAGGUACACGUCAACUAUGACAGACAAAUUGAGAAAAAAAAUCCAGAAAAUCACAUUGUAGGAUUUUUUAUUAAUUUAUUUGCAAAUUAUGGUGGAAAAUAAGUAUUUGGUCACCUACAAACAAGCAAGAUUUCUGGCUCUCACAGACCUGUAACUUUUUCUUUAAGAGGCUCCUCUGUCCUCCACUCGUUACCUGUAUUAAUGGCACCUGUUUGAACUUGUUAUCAGUAUAAAAGACACCUGUCCACAACCUCAAACAGUCACACUCCAAACUCCACUAUGGCCAAGACCAAAGAGCUGUCAAAGGACACCAGAAACAAAAUUGUAGGUAAGCAGCAAUAGGUAAGCAGCUUGGUUUGAAGAAAUCAACUGUGGGAGCAAUUAUUAGGAAAUGGAAGACAUACAAGACCACUGAUAAUCUCCCUCGAUCUGGGGCUCCACGCAAGAUCUCACCCCGUGGGGUCAAAAUGAUCACAAGAAUGGUGAGCAAAAAUCCCAGAACCACACGGGGGGACCUAGUGAAUGACCUGCAGAGAGCUGGGACCAAAGUAACAAAGCCUACCAUCAGUAACACACUACGCCGCCAGGGACUCAAAUCCUGCAGUGACAGACGUGUCUCCCUGCUUAAGCCAGUACAUGUCCAGGCCCAUCUGAAGUUUGCUAAAAUGCAUUUGGAUGAUCCAGAAGAGGAUUGGGAGAAUGUCAGAUGAAACCAAAAUAUAACUUUUUGGUAAAAACUCAACUCGUCGUGUUUGGAGGACAAAGAAUGCUGAGUUGCAUCCAAAGAACACCAUACCUACUGUGAAGCAUGGGGGUGGAAACAUCAUGCUUUGGAGCUGUUUUUCUGCAAAGGGACCAGGAUGACUGAUCCGUGUAAAGGAAAAAAUGAAUGGGGCCAUGUAUCGUGAGAUUUUGAGUGAAAACCUCCUUCCAUCAGCAAGGGCAUUGAAGAUGAAACGUGGCUGGGUCUUUCAGCAUGACAAUGAUCCCAAACACACCGCCCGGGCAACGAAGGAGUGGCUUCGUAAGAAGCAUUUCAAGGUCCUGGAGUGGCCUAGCCAGUCUCCAGAUCUCAACCCCAUAGAAAAUCUUUGGAGGGAGUUGAAAGUCUGUGUUGCCCAGCGACAGCCCCAAAACAUCACUGCUCUAGAGGAGAUCUGCAUGGAGGAAUGGGCCAAAAUACCAGCAACAGUGUGUGAAAACCUUGUGAAGACUUACAGAAAACGUUUGACCUGUGUCAUUGCCAACAAAGGGUAUAUAACAAAGUAUUGAGAAACUUUUGUUAUUGACCAAAUACUUAUUUUCCACCAUAAUUUGCAAAUAAAUUCAUUAAAAAUCCUACAAUGUGAUUUUUCUGGAUUUUUUUUUCUCAUUUUGUCUGUCAUAGUUGACGUGUACCUAUGAUGAAAAUUACAGGCCUCUCUCAUCUUUUUAAGUGGGAGAACUUGCACAAUUGGUGGCUGACUAAAUACUUUUUUUCCCCACUGUAGGCUGCUCUGGGAUCAGUGUGGUCUGCAGGUGAAACCAAUACUACUAAUACUGUAUAUGAUGGUCUAAAAUGCUUUUUUGAAUAGGUUCAAAUCUACAAUAGGUAAACAAAGCUGUUCUUCACUCCAUUAGUGCUGGAUGAAAUUCGUCUUCGUGAUCUAUUAUCAUGCUGCCAGUCGCUGACUGAGCUAAACGUCACAUAAUGACAAUGCUUUGCUUCUCUUAUCAGUGUUCUGUCAGGCUUUAUUUCCAUCAAAUGGUUCAGAUACCAUAUGCAGUGCCUUCAGAAAGCAUUCACACUCAUUUACUUUUUCCACAUUUUGUUGUGUUACAGCCUGAAUUUAAAAUGGUUUACAUUGAGAUGUUUUGUCACUGGCCUACACACAAUACCCCAUAACGUCAAAGUGGAAUUAUGUAAAAAAAAUGUUUUACUAAUUCAUUAAAAAGGAAAAACCGAAAUGUCUUGUGUCAAUAAGUAUUCAAUAAGUAUUUAACCCCUUUGUUAUGGCAAGCCUAAAUAAGUUCAGGAGUAAAAAUGUGCUUAAAAAGUCACAUUAAGUUGCAUGGACUGUGCAACUUAAUGUUUAACAGGAUUUUUUAAUUACUGUCUCAUCUCUGUACCUCAAACAUACAGUUAUCUCCAAUUCAGAUUCAACCACAAAGACCAGGCAGGUUUUCCAAUGGCUCGCAAAGAAGUGCAGCUAUUGGUAGAUAAAACAUUAUACAUUUGUUUUUUAUGGCACUGAAUAUCCCUUUGAGCAUGGUGAAGUUAUUAAUUACACUUUGGAUGGUGUAUCAAUACACCCAGUCACUACAAAGAUACAGGCGUCCUUCCUACCUUAGUUGCCGGAGAGGAAGAAACCGCUCAGGGAUUUAACUGAGGCUAAUGGUGAUUUUAAAACAGUUACAGAGUUUAACCUCAUGGUCAUACCAUGGAUCAUUUAGCUAUUUGAUUUUGAAUUUUAGGACACCUUUACAGACGUUUUCGUGAGAAGACCGAUUUUCGGGAUGUCUCAUGGUCUGAGAAGCACCGCUCUCACCAUAGUUAACAGAACUGCGGGAAAACAGUGGCGACAGGCAGGGUCGAAGGACACUACGGGUGUGUACUAGCUAUAACUAGCUACCGUUGUCGCCCCCGGCCUCUUCUUCUUCUGUGUGGUUUAUCGGUGGUUGGCAUCCAAUAUUAUGGUGCAUUACCGCCACCUACUGUACUGGAGCACCCCUGCCUCCCGCCUAUGUUCUGGAGUCAUAGUAAAAAAAAAAAUGUACCAAUAGAAGUAUAAGGUACAGCAGAUGCAGGAAUGCCCACAUGCAGUAACACCCCGAGUUGCGGGCUGCAGUUGCUUCUACUUCUCGCCAAGACAGGCCUUUCGCAAUAUUUCAAAUACAAUUGCGGGAAAACAAAGGUUGGAAAGCAAAUGGCUCCUGCUGAAAAGGGAAGACUCUAAUCUGUCUGUAGAGGCUACCAAAAUAUUCGAUCAACUUUCAAAUAGGUCUAUUGAGCGAACAGCAUUGUUUUAUAAAGUAAAACAAGAGAGAGAUAGGCUUUUGGCACCAGUGCACUGGGAAUCGCCGGUGAGUGAGCUGCACAUCAUUGGGUGAGUCAGUGAAACUGGAAAGCUUUUCUAGGAUUAAUUUCCUCCUCAUAUUGUACAAUAUGUGUGUUUGCACACACCAAGACCUAGGCAAUUGAUGGAUUCAAAACAAGGUCGUUUUUAUUGAUCUCAGUUUGUCAGCAUCAAAGUAGCCAGUCAUUUCGAUCAUUUGUGCGGUAUAAAAAAAUAUUAUGCUAAAGUCUCCAGUGAUUUAAAAUGACGUAGCAUUGCAUGAAGUACGUUUAUAAAAGGCAACAUUUUUCCCAGACCCUAGGCUACAAAAAGAUUUCCCCAUGUGUGCAACUUCUACAAGCACCUCUACUCUACUGCUGUAUGCCACUACGCAAAUGCGAUGAUAUGCAUGCAAUACUUUAUUAUAGCGUUUUUUCUUUUUAUGCGUUCUGGUACCUCAGAGCCCCCCAGCUCUUAGAGAUUUACCCAGAAAGACUCACAGCUGUAAUCGCUGCCUAAUAUGUUUCUACAAAGUAUUUACUCAGGAGUGUGAAUACUUAUGUAAAUUAGAUAUUUCUGUAUUAUAUUUUCAAUAAAUUAGCAAAAUGUUCUAAAAACAUGUUUUCACUUUGUCAUUAAGGGGUAUUGUGUGUCAAUGGGGGGAAAAUAUAUAUUUAAUCCAUUUUGAAUUCAGGCUGUAACAAAGCAAAAUGUGGAAAAAGUCAUUUGGUAUUAAUACUUUCUGAAAGCACUGUAUGCUUCCCACUUAUAUCAACACAGAUACACGAGGGAUGAUUUUGCAGAGAUAUUCAGAGUAUAUACUGUAUGUCCACUUUUAAAUGUAAUAGCAGGGACGGCUUGUUCAAUAGGGCGAUAUGGGCGACGCACUGCCAAACGGGAAAAGGAAGGGAUUUGUUUUCUAAUCAAUUAUAUCACGGCAACAGCAGUUAUCAGUGUUCACGUCUGAUCUGCCAGCCACUAAAUGUCAAAUCAGGCUAAAGUCGUGCUUCAAAUGGCCCCGCCCGUUUUUGGGGCGAUUUCAGUCAAGUUGAAAAUCGCCCAGAAGUCUCUCAUAGCCUGUCAUGUAAAAUCUAUUUUUUUCACAUUUCAAAGCUUUCAAUACAUUCUCUAUGGGUGUCUGUGGGCUUGCACUUACGCGCUUUCGUCAUACGUGACGUAACGUUGAACGUAACUAAGACAAUGGCGCCUAGCAGCGUCUCUGUUGCGACCUGCAGUGCGGCGUUAUUUUAUGUUUUUAAUUUGUAGACUUAGUUUACAAACAUUCUGCCAACCAUGGAUUUCCAGUGGUUGGUUUUGGACUGAUCUUGUUGAUCGUGUACAUACCCGCUACGAACGGACUAAAUAAUGAAAACGCUGCUGGCAGCUGAAUCCCAAUACAGCUGGGAGACUUGACUGGAUGACAGAGUCCCGGACAGAGAAGUGGAGCCGGCCACCUUCACCCUGGUCAGAGCGGACCGCGAUCCUGGUAAGAGAGCGACUCUGUACCCCGACAUUGAACUGCUUUCUGUGUCAUUGCGACCUUACUAUCAAUUCAAUUCAAUUUAAGGGCUUUAUUGGCAUGGGAAACGUGUGUUAACAUUGCCAAAGCAAGGGAAGUAGAUAGUAAACAAAAGUGAAAUAAACAAUAAAUAUUAACAGUAAACAUUACACUCAGAAGUUUCAAAAGAAUAAAGACAUUUCAAAUGUCAUAUUAUGUAUAUAUACAGUGUUGUUACAAUGUGCAAAUAGUUAAAGUACAAAUGGGAAAAUAAAUAAACAUAAAUAUGGGUUGUAUUUACAAUGGUGUUUGUUCUUCACUGGUUGCCCUUUUCUUGUGGCAACAGGUCACAAAUCUUGCAGCUGUGAUGGCACACUGUGGUUUUUCACCCAGUAGAUAAGGGAGUUUAUCAAAAUUGGGUUUGUUUUCGAAUUCUUUGUGGAUCGCUGUAAUCUGAGGGAAAUAUGUGUCUCUAAUAUGGUCAUACAUUUGGCAGGAGGUUAGGAAGUGCAGCUCAGUUUCCACCUCAUUUUGUGGGCAGUGUGCACAUAGCCUGUCUUCUCUUGAGAGCCAGGUCUGCCUACGGCGGCCUUUCUCAAUAGCAAGGCUAUGGUCACUGAGUCUGUACAUAGUCAAAGCUUUCCUUAAGUUUGGGUCAGUCACAGUGGUCAGGUAUUCUGCCACUGUGUACUCUCUGUUUAGGGCCAAAUAGCAUUCUAGUUUGCUCUGUUUUUUUGUUUGUUCUUUCCAAUGUGUCAAGUAAUUCUCUUUUUGUUUUCUCAUGAUUUGGUUGGGUCUAAUUGUGUUGUUGUUGUUGUUGUUGUUGUUGUCGUCCUGGGGCUGUGUGGGGUCUGUUUGUGUUUGUGAACAGAGGCCCAGGACAAGCUUACUUAGGGGACUCUUCUCCAAGUUCAUCUCUCUGUAGGUGAUGGCUUUGUUAUGGAAGGUUUGGGAAUCGCUUCCUUUUAAGUGGUUACUAUCUGCCCCGUGAGUUCCCCCAAUUGUUUGUUACCGUUGUGUACUGUUGAUAAUCACAAGUUUACUGGAGAACUGAGACCAAGUAGAGACUUUGGACAGGGUGGAUAUGGUAUAAUAAAGGCAGUUUAUUCAGAGGUAAAGAUAUCUGGAAUCGCGUGCACGGACUCGUGCACGUGUGUAGGUCACCUAAAUCAUCAGAAAAAUUGCCCCUCCUGAGAAUUUUUUCAGGAGCCGCCACUGUGUAAUAGUGAUGUAUUUUUCCCCUUCCUAUUUGGCAGUUGGUCAUGAGACCGAGCACUGGUCUGUGUACAGAAGAUAUCAGGAAUUUUUCCAUGGUAAGUAUUAUGCUUUUGUGAUUUCUUCAUGUUUCAGUUCCUGUAACCACUCACCAUCCAUUGUAUUUUGAUAGCCAGAACAUAAGAGAACAUUAAUCUCGUACAUUGGCCAAAUGGUUCUUCUCACAAAUAGUAACAAUUAAUAAUUCCACCCAUGAGAGUUGGUGUUGUGUUCAUUUCUAAGAAUAGCUAUAACCAUAUUUUCACAUUGUUUGAUUAAUUGUCUGAGAUCCUCCUCAUCUAGGAAAUGUUGUUUAUUUGCUCCUCUGUCACAACAGGCCAGAAGCCCAGCUCCCUUACAAAAUAAUCCUCAACCCCAAGAACUAUGUAGCUACACCCUAAGCCCUGUGUAGCUCAGUUGGUAGAGCAUGGCGUUUGCAACACCAGGGUUGUGGGUUCGUUUCCCACGGGUGGCCAGUAUGAAAAAAUGUAUGCACUCACUAACCGUAAGUCGCUCUGGAUAAGAGCGUCUGAUAAAUGACUAAAAUGUAAAAUGUAAAAAAUGUAACUAUGAGCUCCUGACCUCCAAGCGGGAGGAGUUCCAGGAGUACCUCCAGGUAGUCAUUAUGGAGUAAACAAGCUCUGGGGUGAAGUUUCCCUUAGGUACAGAUCUAGGAUCAGCUUCCCUCCCCCAAUCAUAACCUUAACCAUUAGUAAGGAAAAUGCUAAACUGACCCAAGAUCAGCUUCUAGGGGCAACUUCACCCUACACAAGUAAAACAACAGAGGUCUUACUUCAGAAAUAGCUUUGUGGUCUGUCACCAUAUGAAUACGUGGCUGCAGUAAGUGUAGAGGUUAGAGAGGCGGAUUAGUAACCAAAGGGUUGAUGGUUCAAAUCCUAGGGCUGGUGGGGUCAGAAUCUACCACUGAACACCAAAUAUAGGGUUACUGUGGUUUACCCUGCAUUGCUUCCAGUCUCUCAAGUGUGUGUGCUGUCUCAAGGGGGUUGGGAGCCAAAGACACAUUUCCAUUGUUCUAAAUAAAUAACAAAAAGCUGUUCUGUCAGCCCUCUAUGAAUCUGUAAACAAAGUAAAUAUUGUUGGCUAUCAGUCUAUCUUCCAGAAACUGCUCCAGCACCCUGAGCUGAGCAACAGUCAGCUGCUGGCAGACUUCCCAUCUCCUCGGGGUCUGGCCUCUCAGUUCGUGGACAAGAUGCUGCCUGAUGUCAAUCUAGGUAUGCAACACUGGCCAAGUAGCCUGGUCCCAGAUCUGUUUGUGCUGUUCUAUGUUAAUAACAUCUCACACAACCUGCUCUCCUGUUGAAGUUAUUUGCGUUUUACAUUGUUUAUUUUCCCACAUGGAAAAUCAUCAACUGAGUGCCCAGCAAACUGAGAAAAUAAGUAUGUCAUGCUUUUUUGACUUGGGUGGGGAAAGAAUGUUGUGGGGGCAUCAUGGUAAAAUAAUUCCUGCCACAGGCGGCCGGUGGCACCUUAAUUGGGGAGGACGGGCUCAUAGUAAUGGCUGGAACAGAAUUAAUGGAAUGGUAUCGAACACAUCAAACACAUGGUUUCCAUACGUUUGAUACCAUUCCAUUUACUCCAUUCCAGCCAAUAUUAUGAUCUGUCUGAUCUCAGCAGCCUCCUGUGAAUUCCGGGAUAGUCCUUUAGGAAUGUAAGCCCAACAUGCCUGUGGAAUCCACAUAUAACUCAUGUCAGCUAUGUUAUUAUUGUAUGCCAGUUGAAAUAAAUGGGAUCAGCAGGGAUCCAUUGUCUCCAAUGUAACAUAACUAAUGUAACUGUUUCAGUUCAAACUAUCUCAGUUUGAGAGUGCAGUUUAUGUGGUACACCACCCCGUUCACGAAAAUGGAUUGCUCCUACAGACACGCACGACAGUGUCUAGGGUUUACCAAGAAUGGUGCGACAAACUAAAAUCAUCCAGUCAGCGACAGUCCUGUUGGUGAAAACAGCUCGUUGAUGAGAGAAAUCGAAGGAAAAUGGCAAGAAUUGUGCAAGCUAACAGGUGGGCCACAAACAGACAAAUAACGGCGAAUUGCAACAGUGGUGCGCAGAACGACAUCUCGGAACACACAACUCAUCGAUCCUUGUCACUGAUGGGCUAUUGCAGCAGACGACCACACCGGGUUCCAUUUCUAUCAGCUAAAAACAAGAAGAAGCGGCUCCAGUGGGCACACGAUCACCCACACUGGACAAUUGAGGAGUGGAAAAAAAUCGCCUGGAACAUGACAGCGAGUUCAGUUUGAGUGGCCUGUGCAGUCCCCAGACCUCAACAAAAUAGAGCAUCUUUGGGAUGAAAUGGAACGGGCUGUUCGCAGCAUCAAUGUACCGCCGUCCAAUCUGCAGCAACUGUGUGAUGCCACCGCUUCAGCAUGGACCAACAUCCCUGUGGAACAUUUCCGAAUAAACUGGCAGGUGAUGUAUAAGGAAUCUCCUCUAUGUUUUUGCCAUCUCAGAAAGUGCAGCAUUUGGAGCCAUUCCUCCAGUCCUUUGUGAAUCGCCCAAGCCCCAAACCCAGCCAGCCAGAGCUGACCAUCCUCAGUCCCACGUCAGAGAAUGACAAGAAGGUGGUCACAGACACACACCACACCUGGAUCUAA